CCGGCUGGCCUCGCCGAUCGGCGCCGCCCCCGCCGUCCACGCCCGCCCGGCGCCGGGCUCCGGCCCGACUCGGGAACGGCUCCCGGGGGGAGCGCGCGGGCGGCGCCCCUCUCCCAGCCCGGGGAGAAACCCCCGCUCCGGGCGGCACGGCGGAAGCGGGCAGGGAACCCCGAGUCCUCGCCCCCGAUCGCGGCGGCCAGGCCGGUUCCGCCUUUGUCCCGAGGCCGCCGGGUCCUGCGCUCCCGAACCGGGCGUGGCUUCGGGCGCCGGGACCUGGGGGAGCCCGGGGGACAGGGCGGUCCCGGCCGUAGCGGGAGCGGGGCGAACCGAAAGGAUUUCCGAAGAGAAAAGCCCGCCUCUCCUGGGACGCCUCGGCCAGAGGCUCUGUGUGUGUUGAUUGCUCGUGGUCCGGGAGAGACGUUGGAAAGGAGGUUUGAUUGUUGUGUCGAGUGAUGGAACAGGCCGUGCCUGGUAAUCCAAGCGUAAACCAUAAGAGAUAAAAUUUGAUCCCGGGACCCUCCUUCUUAGUACGCACCGUCUAAUUUGGAGAGAUCAAAAGAAUCAUGAAUGCUGCAUGGCCAUUCCUCUUUCCCAAAUUGUGUUCAUUGAAGAACAGGCAGCUGGAAUUGGAAAAAGUGCCAAAAUAGUGGUUCAUCUUCACCCAGCUGCUUCUAACAAAGAACCUGGCCCGUUCCAGAGCAGUAAGAACUCCUACAUCAAGCUCUCCUUCAAGGAACAUGGCCAGAUUGAGUUUUACAGGCGUCUAUCGGAGGAGAUGACACAGCGAAGGUGGGAGAAUAUGCCCGUUUCCCAGUCGUUACAAACAAAUCGAGGACCCCAGCCAGGAAGAAUAAGGGCUGUAGGAAUCAUAGGUAUUGAAAGGAAGCUGGAAGAAAAAAGAAAAGAAACUGACAAAAACAUUUCUGAGGCCUUCGAAGACCUCAGCAAGCUAAUGGUCAAGGCUAAGGAAAUGGUGGAAUUAUCGAAGUCCAUUGCUAAUAAGAUCAAAGACAAGCAAGGUGACAUCACAGAAGAUGAGACCAUCAGGUUUAAGUCCUAUCUGCUGAGCAUGGGGAUAGCUAACCCGGUUACCAGGGAAACCUACGGCUCCGGCACACAGUACCACAUGCAGCUGGCCAGACAGCUGGCUGGAAUACUGCAGGCACCUUUGGAGGAACGAGGAGGAAUAAUGUCACUUACAGAGGUGUACUGUUUAGUAAACCGAGCUCGAGGAAUGGAAUUGCUUUCACCAGAAGAUUUAGUGAAUGCGUGCAAGAUGUUGGAAGCGCUGAAGUUACCUCUCAGACUCCGCGUGUUUGACAGCGGCGUCAUGGUCAUUGAACUUCAGUCCCACAAGGAGGAGGAAAUGGUGGCCUCAGCCUUGGAGACGGUCUCAGAGAAGGGAUCGUUAACAUCAGAAGAGUUUGCUAAGCUCGUGGGAAUGUCUGUCCUCCUGGCUAAAGAGAGGUUGCUUCUUGCCGAGAAGAUGGGCCAUCUUUGCCGAGAUGAUUCAGUGGAAGGCUUGCGGUUUUACCCAAAUUUAUUUAUGACACAGAGCUAAGAGUUCUGUAUCUGAAAUAACUUGUUAUCCAUAUACUUGCAUCAUGGAGAGGUUGAAUGCCAUUGAGCUAAGGGUAAACCCUGAUAAACAGAAUUUACUGGAACUUUGCAGUAUCAUACAAGACCCUUUUGAUUUCUCCCUAAAUAUUAUGAUCCAGGAAGUUUCUCUAGGAUACAUAUAGGAAAAUACAGAAAGCUGAAUGCCAAUAUGAAUUCAAAAUCAUGCUACUGUUGUAUAGAAACCCUCAGUGUUUAACUGGAAAUUUGAUGGAUUUUAACUCGAUCUUCAAAUUUGACCAUUUUUUAAAGAAAAGAAUUUAGUUCAUAGGGGAAGAAAGAGAAGUUGCAUGUUUGGACAGGUUAGAUCAUUAUUUUGGUGUGACUGAAAUUUGCUGAAUUGUUGUAAAAGAAGUUUUUCUUUGCAUUUAGUGUGCACUUUGGGGGGUUUUCAUGAAGAAGUUUAGACCUACAGUGUAGUUUAAGAACCUGACAACAUCCAACUGCAGGAUGUCACGUGAGGCUCUUCCUAAGGGCUUUUUAGAAGCAGCCAUAGGCAUGUCUUCAGCAGACCAAAUAAAGCAGCUUAAAAAAAGAGAGAAUUUUGCUUGACUUCCAUAUAUAUAAUCUGACUAGUUUCUUUUUUUUUUUUAAGUGAUGAUUUCAUGGCUGGCAUUUAAAGAAUGCAACUAUGUCAUUCUGUUUUAAAAACUGCUGUGGAUUUUGCUAGUGAAUUAAAGAGCUGUAUGGACAUGCCCAGAGAUACGGUUACAAAUUUGGGAAGUAGACGAUUCAGGAUUUCCCUCAGAUUGUUGUGUGGGUGGAGGGGCCUGGAAGAACCUUUAACUAGCUUUACAUGAACCUUGGUGCUCUUUUACCUCAAAGCCAAGGAUGGACAAAUAGAAAGUGGAAAUGUUAAUAUGUCUCCUUUUCCUUCCCUUAAGGAGUUUCACUGCUGAACUUUUAAAAACUCUAUCCUCCUCUAGCAAUAUUUUUUUCCUUUACACCACACAUUAUAAGUUGUGUGGAGAAACUCUCUCACUAGAAAGUAUUACUGAGAUGACGAAAACGGGCUAAUACUGAGUCCAGAUCGCUUGAGUUUUCUAGUGGACCGCCUGACUUCAUUACUGCAACACGGCGUAUGGUCCGUUGGCAUUACCUCAAACUCAGGGACCCCACAGGGAGAGAAGGAGAGCCCCUUUCAAGGCUGAGUUGGCAGUGGAAGGUCACUGAUGGGUUUUGGCCAGGCCUCUAAAAGGGGUGGUAUCUGUUCUGAGAGAACCUUUGAGAGCAGGAGGCGGGAAUGCUCAGGCUGAGACUCUGGGCUCCGUGAGACAUCCUUACUAAGAAGUGGAGGACCCUGCCAGGCUGCUGCAGAUGCCCUGUGGGCAAGGUCCGGGGACCCUCAGCUGCAGACCCAGGGCAACCCUCCAUGUGCAGCCAGAGUCGAUCCCCGACCCCCGCCUGAUCCCUGUUGCUGCUUCACAUCCUCCAGUGUCACGGGAACGUCGUGGCUGAGGCAUCCUGUCUUAGUUCCAAACCCUGUCGCUGAUUCCACGUGGUGAUGACACGCCCCUUAACAUCCCCUCUCGUUUGUUUGGGGGGAAAUUCAGUGUCUGGCUGCCCAAGUCUUUGGAGCCAUUAUGUAUGGUUGUUUACAUGUCACUCCUGUCUGGGAAGCACUCUGUCUCUCUCUCACACACACAUACACACACACACUCAUUUCACUCCAUAUCGCAUCUGGCCAAGGUUUUUAAAAAUUACACAGAUAAAUAAUCUGUUUCACGAGUUGGAAUGAGUUGCAACUAAGAUUGUUAGAGCUACUGGGUCUUCUAGCUCUAAUGGUGUCGAUUCAUUACAGCAGACUCCCAUGAGUCAGCAUAUUUAUUUAUACUACACAUUAACAAAAAUGGAGCAGUCUGAAUUAUAUAAAGUGAACUAAAGUGACAUGAAUCUAGUUUUGCAAAUGUCACAUUAAUUUAAAAACAGGUAUGAUUGAUUUUAUUGUUUUAAAGUGGGCAUUCUUCACUGUUUCCAGACCUCUAUAUGUAUAUUUUUUGUUCUUUUUGUUUUGUUUUUGCUAAAUAAGGUGUCAUUUUCGUUCCUUUGUUGGUAGAGGUUAUGUUUAAAUACAACCAGUCAGGCCCUAAGUGCAAAAAAGUUCUGUCUUCUUGGUGCUUAUCACUGUUAUAUUAUUAUUUUUGCUUUCUAACUUUGCUCUUUGGAGCACAAAUCUGUAGCUUUAUGAUAAUGGAAUAUUUCUAGUCACAUACUGUCCAAUUUUUUACAUUGUACAAGUGAAGAAUGUUUUCAGGGUUAAAUGAUUGGUAUUAAUGUAUAUAGAGUAAAAUUAUUGCAAAAUUUAAAAAUGAUUUUUCUUAACUUGGUGUUCUUUUUAAAUACUCUUUGAAAAAUGUAUGAAAAUGAUAAAGGUUUAGUCAGAGUAAGCCAGUAUGUUAAGAUUUUUUCUUUUAGAUUUUAUAAUCGAGUUGAUUAUAAAUAUUUUUGACCUCAAGGUCUUACUAUUUUAGUUGUCUUAAAAAAAAAUGGGAAAUGACUCAUGAACUGUUCUUUUUUAUUUUUUUAAAUUCUUGAUGUGAAUUCCACUGUUGAUUGACCAUGUGUAUUUAUGUGAAGGUACUAUCUCUUGUUCCCUGUUACCAGACUAAGCCAACCAGACAUGGAUUUAUCAUGUCAUUAUUCUCAUGCUCAGAUACUUAGAAUGGUUCUUCCUUGCCCAACAACCUCCAAGUUUCCAUCUGAUACAGUAGAGUCACAACUUUUAAGAUGGGUAGGUUUUAAGGACUGUGCUUAAGGAUGGAAUCAAGCAUGCUCAAAAUGAUCCGUGAAAAUCUCUGAAAUUGCCAAUAAAGUUCUCUAUAUAAUCUUACAAGUAGACUGGCUGUAAAGUGAUACAUGGCUAUGAAUAUUUUAUGACUAUAGCAAGUAAAAUAUAUAAUAAAAGACUACACAUCAACAGUAGACUUUUGUAGUACCAAUAAUUAAAGUACUUAAAUGUGUCUUUUUCCCCCCCUUUUUUUUCUCUAUGCUGAUAGGUAUGGUUGAAUUUAUGUAAAUGUAUUGUGGAUCCUACUCCUUAUGAUAGAUCUUAAGUGUCAGCUCCACGGGGGCAGAGAUUUUUAUCUGCUUUGUUCAUGGAUGUGCCCUCAGAGCCUAGAGUGAGGCCUGGCAUACAGUAAGCAUCCAAUAAAAUGACUACCAAAUGA